GCCUGAGACCCCCCUCAAUCCCCUGCUCUGUCAUACACUCCACGUCUUCCUCCCCCCUCUUGAUUUGCUAUCCAAGUCCUGACUGGAUUUUGCACUCCCCAGGAUCUUGGUCCAGCCACAGGUCAGCGACACCCUGGGAUUUAUAAACUUUUGAUUGAAUCAGAAGUUUUGCCUCUUCCACUUGAGACCACUUCUGUACAGGAGUUUAGAACCCAGUUUGGAGUCAUGCCUCUCGCUGGAACACCUGCCCCUCCCAACAAGAGGAAAAAAACUGCAAAAAUCAUCACUGACCUCUCACAUAUCACUCAGAAUGAGUAUGAGUCCGAGCCUGAGGCCUCCGAGUUUGACUUGGGGACGAAGAUCAGCACACCCAAAGACGUAAUGCUGGAGGAACUGUCCCUGCUCAAAAACAAGGGCUCGAAGAUGUUCAAAAUGAGGCAGCUGCGUGUGGCGAAGUUCAUCUAUGAGAACAACCCUGAUGUCUUCAACAGUGACUCUAUGGAUAACUUCCAGAAAUUUGUCCCUGGCAUUGGGGGUCAAAUGGUGGAUGUUGGUGGACGUCUGGUCGGUGGACAUCUUGUUGGUGGACAAAUAGUUGGUGGACAUUUAGUUGGUGGAGUUGGGCAUGCACCUGUGCCUCCUCCCAAACCAGGUAGCCGAGGUACAGGGGCAGGAAGUGGAGUUGGUGCAGGAGGAACAGCUGGCGGAGUGGGUGCAGGGGCAGGCGAGAGUGCUGGCUCAUCAGCUGAUGGCUCACAGAGUGCACAAAGCACUAAAGCUGCUGCUUUAGCAAAUGAGAACAAAAGAAAGGAAUACAUGAAGACGUAUGUAUCACCCUGGGAAAAAGCCAUGAAGGGAAACGAAGAGCUUGUAUCUACUAUGAAGCCAUUCAUGCCAGGACCCUGUGUUCAUGGAGACCUGCCAAAAUAUAAGAGUUUUAACAGGACGGCUACGCCCUUUGGUGGCUUUGAGAAAGCUUCUCAGCUGAUGACCUUCCAGUUGCCGGAUAUUGAGGCAGCAGCAGAGCAGCUGGAGCCUGCAGUGGUGUACCACCAUGACAUACACUCAAGACCCUCCUUUAACCGCACUCCCAUUGGCUGGGUGGGCAGCGGAGACACAAGCAACGUCCACCUGCAGAUUGAUACCAUGCCAUUCGACGGGGAGACUGAUGAGCUGUGAGGAGCAAACAUCUUAGUCCUUCAAAAAGCUCACUCUAUAACCACUUCCCUAUACCUGCUUUGCAAUUCUUUCUUUCUUUCUUUCUUUCUCUCUCUUUCUCUCUCUCUCUCUUUCUCUCUCUCUCUCUCUCUCUCACACACACACACACACACACACACACACACACACACACACACACACACACACACACACACACACAGUGCUUCCAUAUAUGUCAUUAAAAAUAUAUUGUAUUGAAAUAUGUGCUUCAAUAUCAAUGGAUGCCUGUGUGUGAACUCAGUCCUGACCCAUGUAUCCAUGUGUCCUGAUUCAUCCACUGUUCAAAGUGGGAUACAUGGUUGCGAGACUGAAAAUGUAUGUGUAAGUAAAGAAAAUGUAAAGACGACUGCCAACAAAAUUAUUAUGGCUACAAUCAAACUGAGUCUUAGAGUCUUAAUGUACUAAUUUGACAAAUCUCUUGUCCAUCUGUGCCUUUUACGUUCAAAAUCCUGCCAUGCACAUGUGCUGUGAUGAGAUUUAUGUGUUGAUAAGUGAGUACCAAAUUAUCACUCAAGAAUUCUAGUGCAGAACAUCCAGUACUAAAAUGUGGUUAAUUAAGUUAACUAAUCACCUGAUCUUCACUGGAACUUGUUCAGCUCCAGUCAAGUGUAACAGAGGAAAGUAUUUACUUUAGAUUUACAUGUAUUAAUUUAGCAGACGCUUUUAUGCAAAGCGACUUACAAAUGAGGAAAUACUUCAAAUUUAGUUUCGAAGCUGUUUAAGUAAGUGAAAGACAUCUUGGCUUGAUGUUGAGGAUGAUGAUGAUGAUGAUGAUGAUGAUGAUGCGAGAAUGCUAUAUGUUUCCCUACUGUUGUUUGGCAUGUUGAUAUAAUGAAUUAUAAGAGUUUAGCACCACCCCUACUUAAUAAAUAUUUGAUAGCUGACGGUUAA